AUGAAAACGUUGAAGUUCUUGCAACUCAAGAGCCGGAACCCUGGAGGCCGACAAAGCAGGCAUAGCUUCGGUUUCUUUCGUACCCAAGAUGAAGGUAUAUCAAAUAUUCCUCCUAAACCGGAGAGAGAAAAAGACUUUUCUUCAACUUUAAAAACAUAUCUAACGAAAAAAAGGAAUCGAAGUCAAAGAGAUCAAACUACAUCUCGUGAGGUUCGUGCCUCUACUGUUGAAGCCUUUACCAUAAAUGGUUUAAAGGAAGAAAUACGACAACGGGAGGCUACGCUGGAGGCCUUAAAUAAAAGGAUUAAGGGUAUAGAGUCUGAAAGAGAUCGUGCCCAAGUAGAAUUAGAAGAAGCUCAGGUACAACUUAAGGAGCGUAGUCAUGAGGUCCGGGACCUUAAGGCCUUGCUCCCGGAACGUGACGAAAUUAUUGAACAAUUAACAGAAAUAGUUAAUAAAAUGAGAAGGGAAAAAGAAAAUUUUCAAGUAGAAUUAGAUAAAACAAAAUCAGAACUUAAAGUUCGAGAAGGAGAAAUAAGAGAAUUAAAUUUUUCAUUACUUGAAUGUGCACAUGAUUUACAAGCAGCUAAAACUGACCUUUCAGUUACAAUAAGUGAAAGGGAUAUAGCACUUUAUGAUAUACAAAAACAAUUAAAAGAACGAGAAAAACUUGUACAGACACAUGCAGACCAAAUAUUUUCUCUUCAACAAGAACUUGAGGCAGCUCGAAUAGAUCUUCACUCUACAAGGGAAGAACUUGAAGCAACUCAAACAAAAUAUAGUGCAGAAAUUGAUGCAACACAAGCGAUGUGUUCAGCAGAAAUUGAAGCAACUAAAGCAAAAUGUACAGCAGAAAUAGGAGUUAUAAGAGCGAAAUACGCAGCAGAACUCCAUGCUACAAAAGAAGAGCAUGCAGAUGAAUUAGAGGCCACCAAAGCGCAGCUUUCCUUUUUUAAAUCACAACUUGAUUCGACUAAAGCACAACUUUCUUUUACCAAAUCAAAACUUGAGUGGGCAAAGGCAGAUUUAUCUUCUAUUAAAUCAUUAUUGGAUACAGCAAAAUCAGAGGUUUCCACCACGAAUAAUAAAUUAAAACGAACAACAGCUGAAUUAGAAGCAACUAAAGAAGAAGUUGAUGGAUACAUAGAUAUGAUGGCAUAUAGAGAUGGACUUACUUCUCUAAUAAUAUCAGUUUAUCAAGAAGAUAUUCGAAAUGAAAAAGAACGAACAGGAUCAGAACUUGAAGAUACACAAGAACAAUUGAAUAAAAUAAAAGCUACACAUGAAAAGGAGAAAAAGGCAAAUGCCAAAACAAUAAAACAAUUAACAAAUCAAAUUCAGAAUUUGACAAAUUCACAAGUUCAAGAAAAAGCUAAAAUAUAUCAACUUGAAACCGAUAAUGCUAAAUUACGGAAACAACUUGAGCAAACGAAAACGCAAGCCACAGAAGAAAUAGCGUGUUUACAAGCUAAAGUUGAAACGUUAUUUGCUACAUCAAAAACACAAGAAAUUAUUAAUGAGGCACCUAUUUCUACCGCCAACAUAUCAACGCCACCAGAAUCCCCAUGUAAUUCGCGACCAAGUAGUGACCUCUUUAAUGAAACGACCAGUGAUGCAAGUAGUAUAACCGAUGGUAUAAUUAAUGGAGGCAUAAAUACAGUAGUUACAACUGUUGCAAAUGGAGAUUGGGUAACAGUUAGAAAACGAGGUAGUAAACGAAGAGGAGCAUCACGAAAUCGCGGAGGAAAUCGUGGUGGACGAAGG